UAAACAUUAACCAGCUCCUUUAUUAGCAUGUCCACAGACGACAGAGUGAAUGUGGAUAUUCUCCAGCAUUACUGACAUUCUGUGGAACAUAGCAAAAGGGAACCAUGAAUAGCACUGAGGUAUUCACGGAGAGUCUCACACUCGUUUUCUCCACCCUUGAAAUGAAUGAGUCGAUGGAUCACAGCUUCAGUCAUGACAACAUGCACAUGGCCUCUGAUGGCCAUGUGCACAGCUCAACACCUGUACCAGGGCAUAACCACGGUUCUGGUGGGAUGAUGCAAAUGACAUUCUACUUUGGGUACAAAGGUGUGGAGCUACUCUUCCCUGGGCUGCUGAUCAAUUCGAUUGGAGCCUGUGUGGUUGUCUUCCUGUUUGCAGUAAUUUAUGAGGGGCUGAUCAGUCGAGAAUGUUUGCUUCGGAAAUCGCAGGUUAAUGUUCGUUAUAACUCUAUGCCUGUUCCUGGACCAAACGGACAAUAUUGAUGGAAACGCACAAAACUGUUUGGACAGCAGAUGUUCAGCAUUCCCCACCUCAUCCAGACUGGACUGCACGUCAUACAAGUGGUCAUCAGUUACUUCCUCAUGCUGGUCUUCAUGACCUAUAAUGGUUACCUCUGCAUCGCUGUGGCAUUGGGCGCAGGUGCUGGAUAUUUUCUCUUUAGUUGGAAGAAAGCAGUGGUGGUCGACAUUACAGAACACUGCCAUUAACACCAACUAGCGGUGGGCAAUCCUAAUGAAUUAAUGUCCUCACUACUAUAAUCUAAGUAAAAGGCAGACACACACACCCACACACACACCCACACAUUCUUCUGUGUGUGUUCAGACUCCAGUUUAAAGACUCUUGCUUUAAUUUUUGUUUCCUGCCUCAAUUACUGUCAGGGAAUGGUGGCCAUUUUCCUUCUUGCAGCCUGAUGCAUGAUGUAUUGGUGCUGAGGCAACCGCAAAGAGUGAAGCAUGAGAGCAAAUUAAAACCACGAGUCAUUGCUUUAUCUGGAGUCGCUUGUUAUGAUACUAUCUUCCUUCAUCAGAUUUUGUAAAAUUCUCAUCAAAUUAUUUGGAUUGGAUUCCGGUGUUGACUAUCAAUGCCUUAAUCCCAUUGAUUAUAAUUAGAAAUAGUUACCUCAAAUGUACAUUUUUUGUUGAUGUGAGGAUCAGCAUAAAGACAAAAUGGCCCAUGGCUUGGUCAACAAUCUCUCUCUGUCUCCCCUCUUUUCCUCCCCGCUACCCCCCCCCCCCCCACCCGUGCCUGCUCCCCCCAAAUGCUCUCAGGACCAAGACUUCACAAUUAUUGAUGGUCAUGUAAUAAUUGGUGAUUUUUGUAAAACUUUUGAUCAUUUCAUCCGUAAAAUAUAGAAGGAAUUUUUAUUUGUUUGGAUUAAGUCAUGGGUAUCUGAUUUUUUUGAUCAAGAUUUUUCAAUUUUUAAACCUAAACCAAGAAACACAUCUGUAUUGUUUGCAUCUCUAUCCUCCAACCACCACGCCAGCCCUGUGUAAUCCUCUGCUCUUAAGAUAUCCUUGGUUCAUGAAAUGUUUUGUACUUGUGCUGAUGGAAUUAUAUUAUUUUUAAACUUGUGUAUUGAUUCCAGAUGGAUGUGUGGAAUCACCUGGUACUUAUGGUAGGAAUUUUCUUCCUUAUUGGCACAGAGAGAAUUUAUAUUAUUGUCAAUUGGAGGACUGGGAGACUCCUUUUAAUUUUCUCAGAUGCUGCUGAGUCUGCACAGGCACAGUACAAAUAAACCUGCCUGGGACCAAUAGGAAUAAACAUAAGGACCUCCUGAAUUUAUUUUUUAAAUGUUCUUUUUUAAUCAGAUGGUGACUACCAUUAGGUUUGACCAGUUAUAUUACUUUAAAUAAUUGGUCUGCAUUAUGGGAAGGAUCAUCAAGUCCAUAAGGCUAAAACAGAAAAGUAAACGCUAGAGAUGCUCAGGCGGCAUCUGUUGAGAGAGAAACCGAGUUAACAUUUCAGGUCUAUAACCAUUUAUCAGAAACAUUUGCUAAUGAAAUUGUCAGCUCCAUUGAAGGUAAUUGACCUGACAUGUUAAAUGAUUCUCUCUCCUCCGAUGCCUGACCUGCUGAUCUCCAGUAUUUUACUUGGAUUUCAGUAUUUGCAAUUCUUUAUCUUUUUUUUCCUUAAUGUUACUUGCCCUGUUUCAGUUCUGUAUGACACAGAAAACAUUUCUUGAUCCCUUCACAUAUUCACUUGAAUUAGAAAACUAUCUGUAAAGGAGCCACGAGGAGUUGUGCUGUGGUGCCACUAAAUUAAAUGGGUAGCUUCCUGUUUCAAAUAAUUGGACUGAAGUUUCACACACUAGAUAAUCCUGUCGUAUCUUGAGCAGUUGAGCUUGCAGACUGUUCCAUCAUGAGAGACGUUACAGCCAGAUUAGAAUGUUGCCUUCAUUCUGUAUCUUCCACCAGGUUAGUGGGUUGCUUGGCUUCUCUCCCAGCCCCACCCUGACCUUUUUUAGUCUUGCAGUGGUGAAUGCGGUACACCAACAUAACUCCUGCAGAGAUCACUUUUCUCUAUGGUUGAAUGAGACAUCAGCCAAAGUGCUCGCUCAUUGAGCCUCCAUUUAGUAACAAAGACAUAUCCUUCCACUCAGAUAGAACUUGGGGGGCUCCGUCGCUCAAGAAGUGGUAAAGAGUUGGGGAAAUAAAGAACAAUAUUCCAGUUGAUCACCAGAACUACAAAAGUCCAGACUUACUUCCCCGUCUGAGCUGCUGAUUGUUCCAAGAACUGCUGUGAUUAAUCAGUGUAUAACCAAGUUGAUGAUGUGUGGUGUAAUCUUUGCUGGGAGUGGAGAAAAUAAUUGGUUCUCUAACUGCCCUGUCCCACAGACAGUUCUAUUUCAUAGGUUUUAAAUUGUUGCAUCCUGCUUGAUUGUCCACUGCUCUCUCUUGUUCAUAUGUUGCACUUGUGUAUCUCUGAAUAAAAUGAUAUAUGGAUCAUGGCUAGUGGAAUGAGGAGUGCUACAGUCAUAUACUUUGGUUGCAACACAUAUCCACUUCAUGCUGAUGGAGUGAUUGCAGCAGGAUAAGAUUUUGAUGUACUGUUAUUGGUGAAAACUCUUGUGUAGCAUUAUGGUACCACUUUUGUGUUUUGACUUGAAGGUUGUUAAUAAAAAAAAAAUGGGGAUACUGAGUGAAAAAGCCAUCAGAUCCAUCCAUGUUACCCAUGGUACUUUUUUGAAACAAUGUGGGAAUGGAGUGGAAUCUAUUUCUAGUCUCAGAAAAAAAACCUUUAUGUUUUUGGCUGUGUAUUAGCUGAAAUGCAACAAAUCCUGGCUAGUUUGGUGAUGACCAAGUUAUACCCAGUCAAUUAGUGAUGGAAAUACUGAUUGAUAUUAUACAUCUCAUUCUAUAACAAGCUUUGUAAGUAUAGCACAGCUACAAUAUUCAACAAACUGAAGAAAUCAAUUUGUAUUAUAUCCUCUAUUUGCUCAAAAUAAUUCUGCCGUUAUCGUGGUCAUUUCUGGCAGAAUCUGUUUUUGUAAAUCUUGACAUAUCAAGCACCUCCUGAUUGGCUAACGGAGUGGUUUGCGCAGAUAGAACGGUUCACAAUUGUCCAACCUGCAGCUAGUGACCAUGAUGUGCAGGCUGCAGAUUUGUGUCGCAGUUCACAAUAACCUUCAAGCUAGUCAGUGGAGAGUAAUAGAACUGGAUCGAGGUGCAUGCUUAUCUGACACUUUCAUGAGUGAUUUGAAAGAAGCGCAUGCGUUCUUAAAACAAAUUAAUUUUUAAAAAUGUAAACCUUUCCAAAUGGACAAGUGGAAGGAACCUGCUGGGAACCUUUGAAGUGAAAUUUGGCUCCAGACUAUAGAUGUUGGUCAUGCACUGCUGGCUUUUGUGCAACUGGUUGCUGGAUUAGAUGUUGACAUGUAAUAUAUUGUGACCUUUCACAUCUGUAUGCCAAAAACUGGCAUUGAUGAAAAGUUGUUAGUAAAGGAUAAACAAUAAAUACUUUCCUGGACAGUGAACCAAAUAUAGAUUGUGAAAGGUCUGACUGGAAAGUACUGUACUUGUUUGUGAUAUUUUUUGAUUUGUCAGUCUUGUUUAAGGUGCUAUGCAUCACCUCUUGCUGUGCUUUUCCCAAAUAUCCCUCUAUGUUCACUUGAAGUUCAGUGCCUUUGGUAUCUCCUCAAAUCAUGAGCGAUGAUCUCCACUGUUUACACCUUUCAUUAUGUUCCUCUGCGGUCUGGCUAGUUCACAGAAGUGCUGAUGACUCUUCUGCCACUCCAACAUUUUGGUGUUGCAAUGUUACCUUUGUGGUGAUUUCUGAUAACCAGUACUUUUGAGACAAUAAUUUUUCCUGGAAAAAUAUAUCAUGCUUAUUUUCAAUAAAUAUUUUUAGUUUU